UCCCCGCACGCACCGGGUCCUUCCGCCGCCCGCGCGAGCCAUGGCGGCCGCCACGCCCACAUCUCCCCUCGCGAGGGGCGGCCCCACGGCAGCGGCGGGAGAGGAGUCAUGUACACAUCCAGGCUCUUCACCCUUGUCCUGGUAGUGCAGCCAUCCCGCGUUCUCCUGGGCAUGAAGAAACGUGGGUUUGGAGCUGGGCUCUGGAAUGGCUUCGGAGGGAAGGUGCAGCCAGGGGAGAGCAUCGAGGAGGCUGCUCGCAGGGAGCUCCUGGAGGAGAGCGGACUGACUGUGGACACCUUGCAGAAGAUGGGUCAGAUCACAUUUGAAUUUGUGGGCAACUCUGAACUCAUGGAAGUUCACAUUUUCCGAGCAGAUCAUUUUCAUGGAGAGCCAACAGAAAGCGAUGAAAUGCGUCCACAGUGGUUUCAGCUGGACGAGGUGCCAUUCAAUCAGAUGUGGGCAGAUGACAGCUAUUGGUUCCCCCUGCUGCUUCAGAAGAAGUUGUUUCGUGGCUAUUUUAAGUUCCAGGGACAAGACACUAUCCUGGAGCACACCCUGAAAGAAGUGGAGGAAGUUUAAGAAAACGGAAGCACUCGACCCACGUGCUGUUGCCCACAUUGGGCUAGAACAGUCAGUACUGCUUUGAAGGGCAUCCUUUCUCGGUUCUCCAGGAAAGGAGACUUUGCCGGGUCACUGGGAAGUACAGCAAAUAAGGGGCUUUCUUAGAGCAGAAAUAUAAGCAAUGACAUUUUCUAAGCUGUGAAGUCCCUAGUUGUGCUAUACUUUAGUGGUUACAUAGUCACAACUAUUAAAAAAAUUAGUUAACCCUUUUUUUCACAGGCAGCUAACUUUUCAGGCUUUUCCCUUGUGGCUGGGAAUGCUUUUAUAAGAUUAAAAAGAUUUUCUAGUAAAAGCACGUGUUCUGCGGUAAAUGUCUGGGUAGCUUUGAGACUAUUUAAGGGCCUUUCAGGAGCUGGCUUCCUUUCACAAGAACAUUAAGUGGACUGUGAUGCAGCAGAAUCCACCGAGUAUCUCCUCCGUGCCAGUUCUGGACAGUUCCCUGUUCAGCAUUAAUUCCUGGGACAAGGUGAGGCUUGGCCAGUGCUGUGAAAGCCUUCUCAAAGCAGAGAUCCUGAGGGGAUCUCUACCUAACACUGCAGGGAGGGUAAGGUUAUAGGAGUUCAGAACACAAAGCCAGAGGGAGUACGACGCUGUUUGAGCCCUGCUGUGAACCUGAACUGUUUGGAGCAUUUUAGGUAAAAAUGUGUUGAAUAAAAUCAACUUUCAGCAACUCCAUGUUGCAAAGUGCUGUCACCUGUGGCUGCAGGCUCUGCCAUGUGUCAGUAGCAGCACUCAGGUCAGCAGAGGCUUAAUCAAACCGAGGUAGAAAUAACAUGACAGAGGUAAAUUCUUACACAAGUUUUGAUUUUUGUUUUGUUUUAAACACUUUUACAAACACAUAUAACACUUACAGAUAGAAUCUUGGAAUGUAAUAUAGGAUCUGUAAACAUUUCCAGUCUACCAGCUGUAGUAAUAGUUCUUUAAUUCCUGCAUUUGGAUAAAGUGCUUCAUACAUAAGGCUAUUUGAGCAAAGCAAAGAUACAGGAUAUUCCAGGCAGGCAAAAUUCACACCCUCUGAACAAGACUGUUUCCUCUUGUCUCCCUCCAGCAGUUCUGAAUAAUUUAUACCACUCAAAAAUGCCCUUCUUCAUAUGUUCAGUAAGCUACAGCUCAGACUUUGGGGAUAGCAGUUAACACCUUAGAAUCUUCCUUUUCUUUUUGAGCUGCAUACAGAGUUACUUACAGAGGCUUUAAUACUCACCUCUGCUUCUGACAGAGCAGUGAGGGUUUCUGGCUGUUCUAACAGAGAGAAUGGCUUGAGGCGAGUACAGGAGAGAGAAUAAGCACAAGGGGAUAAGUAGCUCGUAACAGGAUGGAAGGCUUUAGUGCAUGAUAUGAAAGGGAGUGACUGGCAGCCGAUACCUGUUAU